AUGAUCCCAGUAGCUGAGUUCAAGCAGUUCACGGACCAGCAGCCGGCCUUCAAGGUGCUCAAGCCCUGGUGGGAUGUGCUGGCCGAAUACAUCACGGUGGCCAUGCUCAUGAUCGGGGUCUUUGGCUGCACCCUGCAGGUGACACAGGACAAAAUCAUCUGCCUCCCCAACCGUGCCCCUGCUGGUGCCCGACUCUCUGACAAAACGUGCCAGAAUUUCGCCAGGAAGACUCCCAAUGCCUCGGAGCCAGACACACCCCUGUCCUCCCGGGAGAUGAGCGGCCUGCGCAACAACCUGGACAUCCAGCAGUACAGCUUCAUCAACCAGAUGUGCUACGAGACAGCCCUGCACUGGUACGCCAAGUACUUCCCCUACCUGGUGGUCAUCCACACCCUCAUCUUCAUGGUCUGUGCCAACUUCUGGUUCAAGUUCCCUGGCACCAGCUCUAAGAUUGAGCACUUCAUCUCCAUCCUUGGCAAGUGCUUUGACUCACCCUGGACUACCCGGGCUCUUUCCGAGGUCUCUGGGGAGAACCAAGAAGGGACAAGCUCAAAGAAGGAAGACCGGCGGAGGAAGGCCAUCAAGGACGAAAUGCCCGAGCCCCACCCUGCUCUACCGCCCGUUCAGUCCAUCUCCGAGAAGAAGGUAGCGGAGACUCCUGCGGUCAGCCUGCUGGACAAGAAGGAAGGGGAGCAGGCCAAGGCUCUGUUUGAGAAGGUGAAGAAGUUCCGGCUGCACGUGGAGGAGGGAGACAUCCUCUAUACCAUGUACAUCCGCCAGACAGUUCUCAAGGUCUUCAAGUUCCUGAUUAUCACAGCCUACAAUGCCGCCCUGGUGCAGAACAUCCGCUUCAUCGUGCCCUGCAGCGUGGAGAUGGAGGACAUGACAGGCUAUGACCACUUCUGCUGCAACCACACCAAGGCUCACCUCUUCUCCAAGCUGGCCAUCUGCUAUAUCUGCUUCUUGGGCAUCUACGGCCUCACCUGCCUAUACACAUUGUACUGGCUCUUCCACCGGCCCUUGAAGGAGUACUCCUUCCGCUAUGUGCGAGAGGAGACGGGCAUCAGCGACAUCCCCGACGUCAAGAAUGACUUUGCCUUCAUGCUUUAUCUAAUUGAUGAGUAUGACUCCCUCUACUCCAAGCGCUUCGCUGUCUUCCUCUCCGAGGUCAGCGAAAGCAAGCUCAAGCAGCUCAACCUCAACCAUGAAUGGACGGAGGAGAAGCUGCGGCAGAAGCUGCAGCGGAAUGCCCUGGGCCGCCUGGAGCUCCACCUCUUCAUGCUGUCCGGCUUGCCUGACACAGUCUUCGAGCUGACCGAGGUGGAGGCCCUGAAGCUGGAGAUGCUCAAGGAUGUGACUUUCCCACCGCUGGUGGCCCAGCUUGUCCGCCUCCAGGAGCUCUCCCUGCUGAACUGUCCCGUCAAGCUGCCAUUUGCCUCCCUGGUCUUCCUGCGGGACCACCUCAAGGUGAUGCAGGCCACUUUUGACGAGAUCAAGGAUGUGCCACUGUGGGUCUACAGCCUGCGCGGGCUGGAGGAGCUCCACCUCUCUGGCCUCUUCAGCCAGGAACUGGGGAGGGCAUCCGGCCUGGAGAGCCUGCGGGAACUGAAGAACCUCAAGGUGCUCUCAUUGCACAGCAACAUCUCCAAGGUGCCGCCCAGCGUGACUGACGUCUCAGCUCACCUGCAGCGCCUGUGCAUCCUCAAUGACGGCACCAAGCUGGUGACGCUCAACAACCUCAAGAAGCUGGUCAACGUGCGGGAGCUGGAACUGGUCAACUGCAACCUGGAGCGCAUCCCCCAUGCUGUAUUCAGCCUGGUCAGCCUGCAGGAGCUGGACCUGAAAGACAACCAGCUACGCUCCAUCGAGGAGAUCCUCAGCUUCCAGCACUGCCGCAAGCUCGUCUGCCUUAAGCUCUGGAGCAACCACAUUGCCUAUAUCCCUGAGCACAUCCGGAAGCUCAAGGGCCUGGAGCAGCUCUACCUCAACCGCAACAAAAUAGAGACCCUGCCCUCCCAGCUCUUCCUCUGCACCAAGCUCCGCUGCCUUGACCUCUCCAACAACGGCAUCCAGGUUAUCCCCCCGGAGGUAGGUGUGCUCCAGAAUCUCCAGUACUUCGCCAUCUCCUCCAACUCGGUGGAGACCUUGCCUGAUGAGCUCUUCUUCUGCAAGAAGCUGAAGACUCUGAUGGUGGGACACAACAAGCUCUCCACCCUCUCUCCCCGCCUGGGCAACCUCUCCUUGCUCAGCAAGCUGGAGUUGAAGGGGAACCGUCUGGAGGCCUUGCCGCCUCAGAUUGGGCGGUGCCAGGCGCUCAAGCGCAGCGGCUUGGUGGUGGAGAGCACCCUCUAUGAGACGCUGCCCACAGACAUCCGGGAGAGGCUGGAGAGUGAAUGAGAAGAGGGGACAGUCUUAGGGUGACCAGAUGUCCCAAUUUUAUAGGGACAGUCCCGAUUUUUGGUCUUUUUCUUAUAUAGGCUCCUAUUACCCCCCCACCCCGUCCCGAUUUUUCACAUUUGCUGUCUGGUCACCCUAACAGUCAUCAGCACGGGCAGGCUCUUCGGUCACCUGUAGAAAGACUCUCACAGAUGACUAGAGCUGGGAAGUGCCUGGUGUGCUCCUAGGCCAGAGCUGCAAAGGCACCUGGGAGAUCUCCCACCAAGAGUCUUACCAAAGAAUCGUCCCCCCGGCCAUGGCUAGGGAGGGGCUCAACUUUUCAUCCCAGUGCAAAUGUGGACAGUCAGUGAUCCUGUACGGCAAGAUUGUUGUAUAGUCAGUGAUCCUCUGUCAGGGCUGCCACAUUGUAUCCUGGAUUGCAGGGGAGAAAUGACUCUAUUUAUACAU